AUGGUAGAUAUUAGAAUAAAGUUUGAAGGGUCCCCUUUACUAAACCUCGCCACAGCAAUACAUAGUUUUUUAAAUCUGUUUUUUUCUCUUAAAUCAACCAAGUAUUCUAAUAAUUAUAGUAAUAUCCAACCUCCAUUUGCCUGGCAUUCCCCAUCUAAUACAGGCAUUCAAUCCAACAAUGAUGUUUGUUUUUCAUCCAAUCCAACAACCUCAACAAAAUUAAUUUCUCAACAACAGCAAACCUCUCCAAUUUUAACUUCAAUUAAUCCCCCACCAAUUUAUAAUAAUUCUACAAAUUCACAACAAUAUUAUAAUAAUUCUAAUAAUAUACAAGAAUCUUCACAACAUUAUUAUAGAAAUCAAAAUAAUAAUCAACAAGAAGAAAGAAGGGGAGAAAUAAAUUCAAUAAAUCAACCAAAUAAUUGUGCUUGGGGAGUUGUGAAUAAACAAAUGCAACAUCAUUUUGUACCUACACCGUCUACACCUGUACCAGCAAUUUAUAGUGGAACAAGUCCGUCACCUCCACAACGUUUUGGAGUUGGUGGUGUUGGAGGGGGAGGAGGAAGAUAA